ACUGAAUUAAAGAGUCGAAGUUUUACAUUUUUUUAAUGUUGUGAUACAAAAGAAUUAAAAAUAUUGUGUAAUUUGUAACCAAUACAGUAAUCUGACUAAUAAUUCUUUAUCAUACGGAUGCACUUGCUAUUUAGAUAGCGUUAAACGAUAACAAGCAUGAUUGCUUGCCAAAGGUGACACAGUCGAUCACUAAUAUUAUUGUGCUUUUUAUUUAUUUUAUUUUUAAUUUAAUGGGCAGUGCCGUAUCAGGACAACGCACGAUGUUCUUGUUUGGGAGAAAUGCCCACAAUUCCCAGGAUGCUCGAGCAAGACUCGACAGGAAACUUUAUCUCGCCCGAGAAUCGCCUGAACCGGAUUUCGAUUUGUCAGACUGCUGUCUCCGGCGUCUGCCGUCAGGUAUAUUUUCCAUAUGCAAGGUAUUCAGAAAAGACAAUUUGUAUUUACAUAAUAAUCGCCUGCAAACCUUGGACGAGGGUGGCCAGAUGUCAGAUCUCUUCCUCAUCAAAGUUUUCAAUUUAAGUUGCAAUCAAUUUUUUCGGCUACCAAAAGGCAUAAAGUAUCUCGUAAACUUAACGGAGCUAUAUUUACAAGGUAAUUAUCUUGAAUCCUUACCUGACGAAAUAAAGUUUUUGGAGUGUUUACAAGUUUUGGACUUAUCUAAAAAUAAAUUGAAGCAUUUAAAUCCUAGAUUAGGUAAUCUCAAAUGUCUGAGAUUAUUAAAGAUAUCUGAUAACAAACACCUCACAAAACUUUGUCCAGAGUUGUGUCUUGCCACAAAUUUGCUAUCUAUUGAGUUAGAUGGUGAAAAUUUCAUAUUUCCACCACCGUACAUAGCCACAAAUGGGACUGUAGAAAUAAUGAGAUAUUUAUGUUCAGAAAUGAACACUGAGUACAUAGCCCCAUUACCUUCUGAUAUUUCACCAUCCCAAGUUCCAAACGUAAAUUACAAUCCAUUUGAAAAACAAUUAGGAAUAACAUGGGAGGAACAAGAAGCUGCAAUGGUGGAACAAGAAAGUAAAAUUCAUAAAGCAAAUCAACAUCAAAGAGAAAAAUUUCUGUCUAAGAUUAUACAAGAACAACAAGUUCUAGAUACUGAGAUAGCCAAAGUACAAGGAGUGAGAGAAGCAGACAGGCAGAAGUUAAUGAAAACUAUACAGAAAGAAGAGGAGGAUAUUGAAUGUUUAGUUAAAAACUUUAUUCAAAUCGAUAGACUCCAACCAGAGGCUAUCCAGCAACAGCUAGCUUAUGAACAAGCUGAACAUGAUCGGUUAUUGGAGAUAACCAGACAAAAUUAUGACAAUGUAAGACGGGGUGAUAUUUUGAAAGCAAUGGAAGAGCUCAUUGAAAAAGAUUCUUCUAUACAAAUGUAUAAAAAAUAUUAUAAAGAUGAUCUAAAUAACAUCAAAGAAAAUAUGCUGAUACAGGAGACUGAAGGUGCAAUGAAAUUAUCUGAACUCUUAAAUGCUAAAGAUGAGUCUCGUACUGCGUUAGUGCAAACAUUACUGGAAGAUCAAGAUAUACAGAAAGCAAUGGUUUCAUCUCUGCUAGAGAAAGUAGAUGCUAAGAGCUGGAGUCUCAAUCAAGAAAUAUCACUUAUCUCUACAAAUUUAGCCCGGUUAAGUAUCAUUGAACAGGAAAAGAAGAAUAUGCACAUUACAUUUAACUAUAAUGAGCUGUUGCAACAAAGGGUUCAGUUAGUAGAGUUGCUUGACAAUCUUCUGGAUCAGAGAAACAUAAGAAGAAAACAGUUAAUUGACACCUUAAAAGAAGCAGAAACUGAAGGUGUCAGAUCAAAUGAUUUUUGGCUCAAAAGUUAUCAAAAACUUUUGGACUCAGCACCUAAAUCGUUAUUUAGUGUCAGAAAACUAGAUCCUGCUUUUGCAAAUAAUCUUUUACAAGAAGGUGUUAUACAUUGUCUGCCUUUCCUGGUUAAAUAUUUAUUUUCAGGUGAGUCUUUAUUGAAUAUUACUCAUCAGAGCUUAAAGGAGAGCGGAGUAACUCUGAGUUCUGAUAGAGAUGGAAUUUUAAGAGCCUUACAAUUGUACGUGCAAUCUAAAAGUCAAAACUUCAACAUGCCAGAAGCCAGCAGUGUACAACCAAGUGCACCUAUUUGUGAUGAGGAGCAAAAUUGUUCAGGAGUACUGAAUGUUGAUGAUAAAGAAAGCUCAAUAGUGGAAGGUGAAUGUGUAGUUUGUAUGGAUGCUAAGUCUGAAAUAGUUUUUGUGCCGUGCGGUCACAUGUGUUGCUGCCAGCCCUGUUCACAAAAUGAGCUACAAAAUUGCCCAAUGUGCAGAAUGGACAUAGAAAGAACAAUUAAAGCAAUUGUUGUAUAGUAUAUUUAUACUAAACAUGUCAGUCUAAUGUUCAUAUACUAGCAGUUGACUGACCAGUUUUUCACCGCUUCCACUAGGUUGGUAAAGUUUGUACUGUGGCUGCUUCUAAUUUUUUAUAUGAAGUCACUGAAAGAAGCUUUUCACCUUUUAUCUCAAUUCAGUGUGUCCUUUCAUCAAUUGGGUGAUGACAAACAACAAAGACACCAGCCCGACGUGCCACUUGGUGUAGCCAUGUGGCACGUCGGGCUGGUGUCUUUGAUGAUUGCAAACGCUUCGAAAACCAGAAAAAUGUAUGGAAUGACAUAUGCUAUCGACAGGUCACGUGAUCAAUGCCUGUCAUUCUCAUAUAUUUUUCUAGUUCUUCAAAGCAUUUGUGAUUGUAGAAAGAGAAUCGAUGUGGAGAAUAAAGUGAAACUGCAUACUUACAGGCUAUCACCAUAUGUGAUAUAUGUACAGUUUAUUUGAAGCUCAUUUUGCCAUAUAUCAAGUGCAUAGUAAAAAAAUGAGAGACUGGGAUAUUUAAAAAAAAAACAUGUAAACGCCCAGUAUGUCUAUUUUAUUGUUAUGCAAAACCUCAUGUUAGUUUAAGAAUGAAAAUUGCUUUUUUGCUGAUAGCUUAACUUCUGCUAACUUUCUUUUGUAAAUUUGUCACAGGAAUUCGGAUUUUCAGCACAAAGCAUGUAAUCCAUAACCCACAUAAUUAUCAUAUUUUUACAUUAUUUAAACAAAUUUAAUAUAAACUAAAAUUCUCUCUUUUUGAAAUAUUGAUUUAAUAAUUCAAACAGACUAUUCUACGUUUAUACAUUUAGAGUUUAUUUUGUCACCUAAAGAACUCCCAAGUCGGAUAUUAUGACAUUCUAAGUAAAUAAAC